GCCGUGCUGCUAAAGCUAACCUUAGCUAGCUUUGAGGCAUUUCUCUACCAACGCAGAAUCCGCUGACUCUACAAUCAAAGGCUUUCAAAAUGAGUGCGGCUGCCUCCCAAAAAGUUGUCCUGAAAAGCACCACCAAAGUGUCCCUAAAUGAGCGCUUCACUAACAUGCUGAAGAACAAGCAACCCACUGCGGUAAGCAUUCGAGCCACCAUGCAACAGCAGCAUUUGGCUAGCGCCCGCAAUCGUCGGCUGGCCCAGCAGAUGGAGAACCGGCCUUCGGUGCAAGCCGCUCUGAAUCACAAGCAGAGCCUAAAGCAGCGACUGGGGAAGAGCAACAUCCAAGCCCGGCUGGGUCGGCCUGUUGGGGCUCUGAUGCGUGGAGGACCUCCAGGAGGCAGAGGAGGAAUGCGCGGGAUGAACAGAGGAGGUCUUCGGGGACGAGGCAGAGGAGGCAUAAUGAGGGGAGCUCUGUCCCUGAGAGGGAAGCGAGUUCCUACAGGUGGGCCCAUGCGAGGCCGUGGUUCUGCCGGUCGUAUGGCAAUGCGUAGAGGAGGCCGCCAGCGUGGUGCGGGUGUUGGAAGAGGAGGAGCUCUGUCCCGAGGAGCAGCUCGAGGAAUGCCCAGAGGUCGCGGGGGGCUGCGUGGACGUGGCGGUUUUGCUGGGCGACGUGGACGUGGCCGAGGUGUCGGUAGACCGGCUGUUACUCGCGAGCAGCUGGACAACCAGCUGGAUGCCUACAUGUCAAAGACUAAGGGACAUUUGGACGCAGAACUGGAUGCCUACAUGGCCCAGGCAGACCCCGACUCUAUGGAGUAAAGGACUGUGGACUGAGCACACAGAGGCGCUGAAGUUGGACGAACAGUGUAGUGUUGAUGUGCUGAGAAAUGAUUGUUAAUUUAGCUGAAAGUGAUGACACUUUAGGUGGCACCCAGUAGCGGUCUAAACAAUAUUGUGUGGGUCACUGCUCGGUUGUGCAUCGACCCGCUCGUUCAGAGCCCUUUUAAUCCUGGAGGGACUUCUUAUGCAUUAACAAACCCUGCUGUUUCUAGACUUCUGUGUCCAAGACGGGUUUUUUCCGUUGUCAUUUUUUUUAUUUAUUUUUUUUUCUCCAAAGGGACAAACUGUCAAAA